UUUUUCACUCAGGACGGGUUAUAUUUUCAGUCAUGAGUGAUGCGGCUUGUAGCGUUGUAAAUAUCCAAAGCAUUAUCGGAGUCUAUGCAAAUUGUAUGGUUGACGAGCCACAAUAGUCGGGGUUUCCACAGGCAUUAAUGUCUCGUAGCUAACUACACCGAGAAGAUAGCCAGUUGGCUAGACUAGAGGUACGCAAAAAGACAGCAGUCAGCUGACUUCACUCAAGUCACUGCAAUAAUUGAAUACUGUACGAGCUAGCUAUACUUUAGGUAGUAACGCUACCCAACUUUGAUUAUUGAAUCCACACUACCUACCUUUUAGUCCGUUCACGCUACCCACUCAACAACGUACCAAAACAGAGCUAUCCACUCAUUAGCUACUAUGCUAACUAGGUAGCUAGUGCUAGCUAGCUCGUUUGCUAUUAACGCUCCUGAAAGACUUAACAUUUUCCAAGCUACUCAGUUUUCACAUAUUAUAUGGAUUACUAGUACAUGUGGAACGUCUAAGACAGUAACACUGUGGGAACUUUACCCCAUCCAUUGGCUACCAAGCUCAAGGAAUCAUUGAUCUUUUCUCAUUUCACACCCCCAACGGUCCAUUUUUUUUGUCGUGACAGGCGCAAAAUAAAUGCGUCGAUUUAUAACUCAACUACACUUCCCAUGAUUCCAAUCCACAACAGACUACAGAGGACAACAUGGCUGCGUUUGGUGCGUUCCUCAAAAACGCGUGGAAUAAGGAGCCGGUGGUGUUGGUCUCGUGCGCGCUUGGUCUCCUAGCUGUUGCUGUACCAAUCAUCAGUCCCUUCACGAAAUAUAGUGCCAUGUUGAAUUCAGCUGUUCCCUUUAACUACCCAGUUCCUGUUCGAGACGACGGCAACAUGCCGGAUGUUCCGAACCACCCGAGUGAAGCUAAAGGACGAAACCUGGAUUGGAUUAAAAAGCUGUAACUGUUUAAACUCCUAACCAAUGUGUUUCUGUACAGACCACAACAAGUUCCGGUUUUCUGUAGGUGUACUGCUUCUCUGUAGGUCGAAAAACAUAUAUAAAGAUUCUUUAUUUAA